AUGGGUGUUGCUGACGAUCCAUCAUGUAGAGGAUGCCAUAUGGCAGAUGAAAGCUCAAUUCAUGCAAUGUCUGAACUUCAAUCGAAAGAAGUAACUAUUCAAUCUCUGGAAAAAAGUGUCAGAGAUUUGGCCCAAUCAGAAAAUGGUUUGCGUUUAAAACAGCUUCAUGAAAGCAUUUUGCAAGAUCUGAAACUAAGACAUGAAAGAGAAGUAGUUUCAUUACAGCAAAAUAUUGAUGAUCUGCAGAAAAACUUGGACACCAAACAUGAAAUUAAAAGUUUAGAAGCGGAAUUGCACACAUCAGAAGCUUUGCAAGAGUGUGCUUUAAAUAAUGCUGUUGGUGGAAAAGAAGAUUGUGACUCAGAGAAAAAAGCAAAUGAUUUAGAGCAAAAAUUGGCUAAUUUAUGUCCAAAAGGUUCAAUAUCUGUUUUAGAACAUGAAAACAAAAUUAGAGCCAUUGAAAGUGAUUUGAUUGAAUAUCAAAACAGAUUACAAAAUAAGUUAUCCGAGAAACAGAAUACUUUUGAAAGAGUAACUAUGGAGCUCAGAGAUGAGCUUUUAGCCCAGAAAGAAAAAUGGGAAAAAGAGAAGUUAGAGCAUGCAGAUACUGAGUUCCAUUUGAGAGAAAAAGUUAAUGCAGCUGCUGAACAAGAGAAGAAACUUCGUGAAAAUGUUAAAAAAUAUCAGAGGCAUGCAGCUGCUACUGAGAAGAAUUAUAAAGGAAAGAUGACUAAAUUAGAAUCUCAAACAGAAGAUCAAGUUGUUUUAAAGAAAACAGUUGACUACAUGAAAGAAAUGUUUAUGUCUUCCCUCAAAAAAAUUCAAGUAUUUAGUUUUUAUCACCUUCAAUAUCCACUCCUCCAUUAUCCUUACAACAGUCCAUAUGAAUUUUCUACUAUUCAAAACAGUGCUGGAAGUAUUGAUCUGUGA